UGUAGCACACACCCAUACUCAUAAACACACGUUUUAAAAAAUUGUUUACCAUAGGCAUAGAAGUGAUUUUUGUGAAUCUUUGCAUUUUGCGUUGAAAUUUCAAUCGGUAAUCGGGGACGCCGCACACACAAGAUUACAUUAAAAUAUAAUCUACCAUGGCUGGACUUCAAUUGCUCUCAGAGUAUGGACUUCGAGUAGAUGGCAGGCGACCUAACGAGCUGAGGCAAAUUAGGUGUAAAAUGGGAGUUUUCAGCCAACCUGAUGGAAGUGCCUACUUGGAGCAAGGAAACACAAAAGUGUUGGCUGCUGUUUAUGGACCUCACGAAGUGAGAUUAAACAGAUCAAAAACCCACCAUGAUAGAGCCUACAUCAACUGUCAGUUUAGCAUGGCCGUUUUCAGCACGUCUGAAAGGAAAAGGAGGCCCAGAGGGGACAGAAAGUCGCAGGAGAUGGAUAUGAAUUUGAACCAGAUCUUUGAAUCAGCCAUCAGAACAGAGCUCUACCCUAGAUCUCGGAUUGACAUUUAUCUAGAAGUCUUGCAAGCCGACGGCAGCAACUUCAGCGCCUGCGUCAAUGCCGCCACCCUGGCGUUGAUCGACGCUGGCAUUCCAUUGAAAGACUAUGUCUGCAGCUGCACGUCGACCCUGGCACCCUCUCAGGGUGGGGCACCCCCCACGCCAAUGGUUGACGUCAACCACGUGGAGGAAACACUUGGCGGCCCUGGCCUCAACAUGAGCACCCUGCCGCGAUUGGACUCUGUGGUGCACCUCGAGUUGAGCGGCACCAGGCUGCACCUCUCGCACAUAGACCCUGUGGCAGAGAAGGCGUCUACUGGGGCUGCUGACAUCAUGGCAGUGCUGGACAAGGCUGUGCGAGGACAUGUGGCGCAGUGCCUGCAUGCCAGGGAACUGUCUGGUCAAGGUGCCGACGCGUAAUAAAAAGUUUUCUUAACAAAAACAA